AUGGGGAACGACUCCUUCAUUGCCGAGGGAAUGGCUCCGCCACAAAGGAUCCUCUUUCCCCCGGAGAAGAUUUGCAUGGGCUGGCAGCAACGACAGAGAGCUGGAGCGGGACUCCACAACCUGCACAAUACGUGCUUCCUCAACUCCGUCCUGCAGUGCCUGACGUACACACCCCCUCUGGCCAACUACCUGCUCUCUCGUGAGCACAGCUUGUCGUGUCGCCAGCUAGGCUUCUGCAUGAUGUGCAGAAUGGAAGCGCACGUUAACAUGGUCUUGCGUUCCUCCGCCAGUGCCAUCGAGCCUUGGGCUGUCCUCAGUGUCCUCAAGCGAAUAGGAGAACAUUUCCAGCUUGGCAUGCAGGAAGACGCCCACGAGUUCUUACGCUAUACUGUCGAUGCCAUGCAGAGAGCUUGUCUGAGUGGAAGCAGCGACUUGGACAUCUCUUCUCAAUCAACUACCGUUGUCCAUCAAAUAUUUGGGGGUUUUCUGAGAUCCAGAGUCACGUGCUUGAGCUGCAAAGCGGUUUCUGAUGCCUACGAGACCUUUCUGGAUGUUCCUCUGGAUAUAAAAGCAGCCUCAUCGGUCAGCGCAGCUCUCGAGGACUUUGUGAAACCUGAGCAGCUGGAUGGUGAAAACUGCUUUAAAUGUAGCAAGUGUGACAAGAUGGUUGCCGCCUCCAAGAGGUUUACAAUCCAUCGGGCGCCAAAGGUUCUCACGGUGUGUCUGAAAAGGUUUGACCAUUUCACCGGCGGGAAGAUCAGCAAGGUUGUGGAGUAUCCCAUGUACUUGGAUCUUCGGCCAUACACGUCUCAGACAGCUGGAGAACCGCUCCUCUACUCCUUAUAUGCUGUCCUGGUGCACAGCGGUGGCAGCUGUCAUACAGGACACUAUUUCUGCUACACGAAGGCCAGCAAUGGACUGUGGUACGAGAUGGACGAUUCGUCUGUGGUUCCCUGUGACUUCAACACAGUUCUCAGGCAGCAAGCCUAUUUACUGUUCUAUGUCAGACGCUCCGAUCUGAAAAUGGGAGAAAGGACUUCUUCCUCACCGGCACCAUCACAUGCCCGCUCCUUCCUCAGUCAGUGGGCGGCCGGCAGCAAGCAGCUGCUGCUCUGCGCUGACGUCAAAACAGAGGAGUUUGUUGCCCUGUACAAGGCCCAGAGGUACCUGAGGCAUCCAAGCCUGGUGAUGCUCUCGCUGGUGCUCAGGGCCCUCAUCACGCUUGCGAAGACACCUGAGACGGAUGCCAACACUGAUGUCAAGAUGAAGGCCCUGGUAUUCCGCAGGAACACGAUGCGUCACGUGAAGAGGGAGGAGGCCAGCGUCAUCGCUUUGCAGCUGGCGGAAAAGUUCCUGCCCCUCUUUGGUGAUAGCUGUGUCGUGGCGCGGUGCUGCGAAAACAACCCCCAGGAGCUCCAGCAGCUGGAGGGGCUGCUCACCCAGACGAUGAGGGAGCAGUGGUCGGAGCUGCUAGAAGCUGUUGAGGAACGGGUUAAGGUCAAGAAGCUUCUCAGGAACAAGGUCCAGCGCCUCCUGGAGAGACGGCAAUGCCUCCGACAGGCAACAGCUCUGAGACUUCUUCUGUUCCUCGCCCUCCUGCAGAUCCUUGUCCUCAUCGUGGUCUUAAUGAAGAGGGACAUCCUUAACUGGGUCCUGCCACCAAAGCUGGCGGCAGCCUUUGGGAGCCGCCCAGCCAGGUCCCGGUUCUUUUGA